AUGGGAGGAUAUAAUAGUAAACUGACAGUACCAAAAAAUGAGCCAAAUCUCAUGGGUAGGGUUGAUACUUCUGACCUGAGCGAAAACCCUAAACUGGCUGACCUCAACAAAGUUGACGAAAAACUAGCUGAUAUUCGUGCUUACACAAAGAUGGAUGCGCAAAAUUCUAACGAUUCCUUCAUGCUGGGUCGAGGAGGUAUUAUGGUCGUAUUAUACGACUUCGCCGAAUCAAUGAGUUCUCAAAUCAGCAUUAAGCGAGGUGAAUUGGUACGCCUUUUAAGCUAUAGUCCAGCUGGAGACUGGUCUGAGGUGGAAGCUUCUAUUGUCUUACCACCUCUCCCCAAACCUGAACCGGGUAGUUCUACUUCCGGGUCAGAAAGUCAUCCUUCUCAAUGCACAGGUGGAGCUACUGUAAAGCAUAAUCAUGGGCCCACCAGGGAAACUGGGAACAGUGUAAAUACUUCUUGUAUGUAUUUGUUCAAUAAUUACAGACGUGGAUGGGUACCAACGAGUUACUUAGCUAUUACAAAUGUCUUCCAAAGUUCUGCUCCUUCAAAACAGUCUUAUUCACAACAGUUAAUUAGUUGUGAAGGUUCAGAAAAGCCAAAUUGCUCAGUUAAUGCCCCUUGUUUAUCUAAUUCACAACCAAUUAUUGCAAAUGACCAUAUGCAAUCACGGGUACAAAACGUAUCAAACAAGGGACCUGUUCAUCAUUUAAUGAUGGAUUCAUCGCCUCUAAGUCUUUUAGAACCAAGUCUUCUUCCAUAUUCAUGGUAUCAUGGUGCUGUCUCAAGACAAGCUGGAGAACAUCUCCUUCGAAGUGGUAUCACAGGUUCUUUUCUGGUUAGAGCAUCAGAGUCUGCACCUGGUCAACUUUCUGUAACUGUGCGCCACUUAGGAAGAGUCUAUCAUUAUCGUAUUAGUCAGGACAGCAGAGGACUAUUCUAUAUAACGGAAGCUCAUCGAUUCCCGACCGUCGUUCAACUAAUUGAACACCAUUCUCGUUCUGCUGAUGGUUUGGUUUGUCCACUUCUUUAUUCAGUACCGAAACCGCAAUUUUUAAAUCAACCCAUGCAACAAUCUUGCUACUCAUCUGUCCCUCAAACACUACCCAGUUCAAGAAUACCUGGUCAAAAUCAGUUUGAAGUCAAUCCCAUUGUUCAUCAAUCAAAUGCUGAAAUAUCUAACUUCCCUUUAACUCAUAUAAAUCCCGUAUCACAUGUGCCCAGACCAUUUCAUCCAAGUCAUAUAAACAAUUCAGAAAGAUUAAGUGCUUGUAGUGAUUCUAUCGGAAGUAUGGAAUUUGAUGGAUGGGAAAUUGAUAGGUCCGAAAUUAUUAUGCGUCAAAAAUUGGGCUGUGGUCAAUAUGGUGAUGUAUAUGAAGCUGUAUGGAAACGUUUUAACUCUGUUGUUGCAGUAAAAACACUGAAACAAGAUGUUAAUUUGAAUGUCAAUGAUUUUCUCAAAGAAGCUGCUAUUAUGAAGAAGUUACGUAAUAGGAAUUUAGUUCAAUUAUUAGGCGUAUGUACUCGAGAACCGCCCCUUUACUUAAUUACGGAAUAUAUGCCAAAUGGGAAUUUAUUGAAUUAUUUACGUACACGUAGUCCAGGUGAACUCACCCCGCUUACUCUACUUUAUAUGGCUGUUCAAAUCGCCUCUGGAAUGGCGUAUUUAGAAGCUAAUAAUUUUAUCCACAGGGAUUUAGCUGCUAGAAAUUGUUUAGUGGGUGAUCAACAUUUGAUCAAAGUUGCAGAUUUCGGUUUAGCACGUUACAUGCAACGGCAAGACACUUAUACUGCUCGUAAUGGUGCUAAAUUCCCUAUUAAAUGGACUGCUCCUGAAGGUCUUUCUUACUAUUUAUUCUCAUCAAAAUCGGAUGUGUGGGCUUUUGGUGUAGUCCUAUGGGAACUUGCCACCUAUGGUCUUUCACCUUAUCCUGGAGUUGAAUUGCAUGAUGUUUAUCAUCUUUUAGAGAAAGGUUACAGAAUGGAACGGCCACAUGGAUGCCCAGAAGCAGUUUAUUCUAUAAUGUUAAGAUGUUGGUCUUGGGAUCCUAAUUUGCGGCCUUCAUUCAGUGAAAUCCAUGCAGAACUAGAACAAAUGUAUACAACUAUGAACAUUGAAGCUGAAGUUGCUUUGGAAUUGGAAAAGCAACCUGUUAAUUUUAUCCAACAACAACAACCACCACUUGUGAGUUCAAACAGAUUCACAGAAAUACAAUCACAAGAUUUACAAGGCAAUUCAGUAAAUCAAUUUAAUAUGGUCUUCAAGGAGUCUUUACCAAAUAGUUUUAUAUCAACAGAAAUUGUGAAUUCGGAUCAUGUCGUUUCUAGACAUAAUAACGCUAUUCAUUCCACGUCGAAUAUAGAUUUCACCGGUAAUAAUGUUGAAUCAAGUCGACCGAAUCCAAUAUCCUCUUAUGUUACAAUGAAUUCUGUUGCUAAUCACUCAAUACAUCAUCAUGUUGAAAAUAAUAUUACUUCACUUAAUAACAAUAAUAAUAUUAAUUGUAUAAAACAAGAAAAGACUAUAUUUAUUGGUCAGAAUCGUUUGUCUAAAGAUAAACAUUCAGUUCUUCCUUCUCCUUCAUCAUCUGGCGGUGGAGUUGGUGGCAGUGAUCAUUUUGGUCGUAUUACUGAUAAUUUAGCUGCUGUUUCACUUGACAAUGACAAUGAUGAUAAUGAUAAUAUUGAUGACGAUGAUGAUGAUGAUGAUGAUGGUGAUAAUCAAAAUAAACACACGGCUAGUUCAAAUAAUCAUGCUGUUCAACGUGAAAGUAAUUCGGAGAUAAAUCCAGAUCAUAUUCUAUUACCUACUAGCAGUUUGGGUCAGGUUAAAUUUUUACCAUGCGGCCCACAAAAUACAUCCAUACAUGAAUCUAACCAAAAUGGAUUUCCUAAUUUGAUUCAAUGUCGAACACCAUUUUCAUCAAAUUGUUUAACACAAACACAAUAUUCACCGGCUUCAUUAUCUGAUAAUGGAUUUUUACCUUUCGGUGAAAAAUUAUGUUACUUUAUCCCAAUGAGUAAUAAUUUAUCUUAUCAACCUAAUUCACAUAUUACCUCGUCAAAUAUUACACAAAAUUGUGGUACUUCAAAUCUUUCUCAAUUUUCCAAUAAUAAUUCAGCUUCCAUAGUUUCUAAAAUUCCUAACUUAAAUGUUGGUAAUUCAACAAAAGUGGUGAAUGAUCGAUCAGCUAUUCGAACGAAUCGUUCUAUUCAUCGUAAUGUUACUUCUGGUUGUAAUACUCAGACUAGUUCGCAACAAAAUGGUACAACACGUAGUCAAGAUACGGAUACACCAGAUGAAAGUGGUGUUGGUGAAUCGAUUAUUUCAAACGAAUCUCCUGCAGAAAGUCGAUCAUGUGGCGGUGGGAUAAUGAGUAAUGCUGUCGGUGUUGGUGUAAUUGCUACUAUGAAUUCGAUAACACCAAGUGGAUCCUGUCAAGUUGAUUGGCGUUUAAAUGUGCCGUUUGAAGUGUCCAUGUCAAUUGAUGAUCAUUCUCAACAUUUUCAUCAUGCACAAAUAAUAACUCCUUCUUCAAAUGUUAUUCACCAUCCACAUUCCUAUCCAUAUUUAUUUCAAUCUACUAAUACUUCUACAACAACGACUACUACUAUCAAUACCACUACUUCUCAUAUUUCUUCUGCCUCAUCGUCUACUCAAUUCAAUGUUAAUCCAUUAAUGGAACAAUUCUCUACAAUACCACCUCACGAUAGGAUUGGAAGUUAUUUAAAAAGUUUGGGUGAAUUAGAUACCCGUGGUGGUCGUCAUCAUCGUUGUAACGAACCACCAACAUUUGCUUAUCACCAAUCGCAACCAAAUGAAUCAAAUUUACCAACUGAUAUACUUGGUGUAAAUGAUAAAACAUUUAAUCAUCCAUCGAACUUUUUACAUUAUCUCCCACCGCCACCACCACCGGUGCCUCCUCCACCUCAUUCAUCAAUAAUGGAAUGCUGCAAUUCGCCGUUGUUACCUCCUACAUCUACCACCAAUAAUGCUUCAAUUCAAUUAAGCUCGCACGUAGCUUCAACCGGGGAAAUUUCAAAGUCAAAUAUUUCUCACCCGAUUUCUCCUGUACAACGUAGUAAGCAAUAUUUUCAUUCAAAAGAAAUAAUGGAUAGUGAGACCGGAACAAAUAUGAACCAGCCAAUCAACUGUUUAUCGUCUGACAAUCAAAAUAUAUCUCAAUUGAAAGCUUCGUCUGAACAGAAUAACAUAGUUGUUGAUGAAUCUUCUUUGAAUCAUAAUAACAGUAGCAACAAUGAUACUGAUAUUAAAGAUAUGCAUCCUAAUACUUCUUAUUCCAAGAUUUCUCAGGCACGCCGACGUAAUAGAGUAGAUAUAGAACGUGCUGUUAGUGGUAAUGCUGGACACCUGGACUAUCCAGGAGUAGGGCGACGUCAUUUAUCACUGGAUGAUCGAUCAGAAGAGGAAUCGAAUACGGAAGAAGUUCCAAGAUCAUUGGAGGAUGAGACUUUAUCCAUCGCGUCUGACUCUCCGAACAAUUCUCAAGAUAAUUCAAUAUCGAUUAAACCCGAUGCAGACCUUUCAGGUGGUGGUGAAGGAGACGAUGUUUACCAGGCGCCAGAUUCUUACUAUUUACCAAAUGUUGGUAAUAAUAAUAAUAAUUCGAAUUCACAAAAUUUACAACUUAACUCUACUUCACAGGAAUCAAUUACAAAUCUACUGGAAAGAUCUAUUGAAUUAGUCAGUUGGACUAAAGAUCUAUGUAGUUAUUAUGAAAUGGAAUAUGAGAUCCCGAAUGCAUCGUUCAUUGAACUAUCGAAUUGUUUAGAUUCUUUUCGUAUUGAAUUAGAAGCCUAUAUUGUGGAACAUAUAAGCAAUAAUCCAAAUCUUACUAAAACUAUCUUAAUUUCAUGUGAUAAUCUAGGUAAACAAACUACAAAUUUAUCUUUGCAUUUAAAGACUAUGGAAAUUGAUAAACCUGCCUUUAGUGUACAUUGUAAUUCUUGUCAUUUGUGUUUAAAAGAAAUUCAUGAACAUAUCGUACAACUUUUAAAUAAGUCAAAAGUAACCAAUGAGGUAACCACUACCGCGGUCACCACAGGUUCUACAACAUCUGUUACUAAUCAAACUCAUUUACAUGAUGAUCGAUCGUUUGGUACUACUGCUAAUAAUACUGUUACUACUACUACUACUACUGCUACUCAUGUAUUUGGCAAAGUUUAA